AUGAAAACGCGCGACGACGCCGACGACGCUGCUAUUCGCAUCGACUUGACUCCCGUCGACGGCGCGUCAAGCCGGCGCCCCGCUAUCGCAAACCAAUUUGCGUGCUCGCCUCGCUCGCCAGCCCCUGCCGCCAUGUUGCUGCGCAUGCCACGGCGUGUGGCGCACAUCGCCGCCGUCCUCUCCCUCACGACGAUCGCCCUGUGGCUCGCCGUCACCUACAGGAAUGCGCCAUUCCUGCAUCGGAGUCCUCUGCCCGCUCCUCCGCCGCCCCCUGAGCCGCCAAAGUUUGACCUCUUCGGCCUCAAGGACUUCGACGCCGAGGUCGAGAUCUCGUAUUUGAACCUACGGCCAAAGUUCAUCGACGAGGAGCCGCCCCUCGCGCAGCAGCUCCAAGGAAGUCUGCCCGCCUUCUCGACUAUCCGCUUGGACACCAACACCUCGAUUGCCGACGAGUUUGCCCGCGCCAAGACGGAACAUCCGCCGGCCACCUUGACAGUCGAUGUCGCGCGCCAGGCUCCCACCCCCGACGCCUCGCGCCUCAUCAUCGGCGCCGCCACCACCCUCGGCCGCCUGCCCGAUGCCCUCCGCGGUUUCAAGCACUGGGCGUCCAACACCGGCGUGCGCUUCGUCGUCAGCGUCGAGCCCUACAACGCCAACCACACCGACGAGCUUACCGUCGCCGAGGCCGUCGAGCUGUACAAGAAGCACAACAUCUCCCUGACCCUCAUCGAGUCUACCGACGAGUAUCUCGACCGCUAUGUCGAGCUCAUUGGCAUCCUCGGCGACCACCUCGAGCCCAAGACCGAGUGGGUCUCCAUCAUCGACGACGACACCUUCUUCUUCAGCAUGAAGAGCCUGCUCGACAUGCUCGGCAAGUACGACCCGAAGCGACCCUGGUACGUGGGCAACACCUCGGAGAACAAGUGGAACGUCGACGAUGGAGGCAUAUUCGCUAUCGGUGGUGCCGGCGUCUUCAUGUCGAGAGCUCUGAUACAGCAGCUGCACCCUCAUGCCGAUGAGUGUGUCCGUCUGCCCAACAUCUUUGGCGACUCGCGCGUCGCCGAUUGCGUCUUCAAGUUCACCACCACCAAGCUGUCCAUGGAGCACGACUUGUACCAGCUCGACCUGCACCACGACGUCACCGGCUUCUACGAGGCCAUCCGGCCCCAGCCCGUCAGCGUCCAUCACUGGAAGACGUGGCACCACCACGACAUGCCCACCGUCGCCUCUGUCAGCGAAGUCUGCGGCCAGCCCUGUGUUCUCCAGAACUUCAAGUUCAAAGACGGCUGGCAGAUGGCCAACGGCUUCUCCAUCAUCAAAUACAGCUACAACGAGACGGAGCUCGCCACCCAGGUCGAGGGCGCCAUGGAACACACCUGGAAGCUCACCAUCUGGGACAUCCCGACCAGCUGGAAGUACUCGCUCGAGCCGCUCAAGCCCAAAGACGAGGGCAAGAUCCAAUUCCUCAUCGAGAAGUCCGAAGUCGAUAAGACCACAGGCGAUGUGACACUGUAUCUCGUGAGGAGGAAGGACGGGCGUGCUGACGGCAUCAUGCUCGUGACGUGGGUACAAGCUAAAGGGAGCAAAUGA